AUUUGAAUUUUCAUAUUAUCCGAGAAAAAUCCAAUCUUGAAUUUUCUCCGGAAACGAGCACCUUCGCCUCGAAUAUUCAAUCGCACCUAUUUCUCGCCUUCGCGUCACACAUGGGCUGUUCCAGGCAUUCACACUUCUAGCUCCGCCCCAUGGCCUUUGCAAUCCCCUCCGUCGAAUUCUCCGCCGUCUCCGGGCGUCGCUUCGAGUGCCCGGCUAAGAUUGCCCCUUGGAGUGUCCGGAAGCAAACGGUGUUGAAGAAGAAUGGCAGAGUCGGGCUGGUUAGGGUUAGGGUUUCUUCGAGGAUCAAGGGUUUGGAGGUUGGGGUUCCUGAUUUGAGCCAGAAUGUGGGGCUGUAUGGGCAGUUCUCGGCUCCGGUAAAGCCCAGUACGGCGUCAUCGCCGAAGCGGAGCAAAGAGGAUGAAGAGAAGCAGAAUUACCAUCUGAGUAUGGGUUAUGCGAUUCGAACCCUGCGGGACGAGUUUCCCGAGCUGUUCUAUAGGGAGCUCAGUUUUGAUAUAUACAGGGAUGAUAUUGUCUUCAAAGAUCCACUCAACACUUUCUUUGGAAUUGAGAAUUAUAAGUCAAUUUUCUGGGCACUGCGAUUCCAUGGGAGGAUAUUUUUCAGGGCCUUGUGGGUUGACAUCAUUAGGGUGUGGCAGCCAGAUGAAAGCGUGAUAAUGGUGCGUUGGACCAUUCAUGGCAUCCCUCGAGUACCAUGGGAGAGCCAUGGCCGAUUUGAUGGUACUUCUGAGUACAAACUUGACAAGAAUGGGAAGAUCUACGAGCACCAAGUCCACAACAUCGUGUUGAAUGCACCCCCAAAGUUCCGAGUACUGUCUGUGGAUGAUCUAAUCCAAUCUAUUGGCUGCCCUUCAACACCAAACCCCACUUAUUUUGAGAUGUUACCCUCUUGGAUCACAAACUUCUGGCCUUCAAAACUGACUUGGUUUAGAGGUUACCUAACUUCAGUUUUUUCCUUGGCCCAGAAACUCGAAGCAGGACCAUCAAGGAGAUCAUAGUACUGCUCCCAAAGCUCCCAACAUAUCGAACUCUUCAUCAUCAAUAGGUUUUCCCCGGUUUGUUCUGUUCUCGUACAGUUUUCCCGUGUUGACUCGCUACUGUUUGGCUGCUCUUAUGAUGAAAAUCGUUUGGGAGCUCCAAGAUGUGAAGUUUUAUCAGCUGGAAGCUUGGUGUUUUCAUUACUAGACUGGUACUUUGUGAGCUUGGAGAUGAACUCUACACUAUAGACUGUAUAUUUUGUACAGUGGAAACAGCAAAUUUAAGUUUCUCUUGCUCUUGAUGUCUUGUUACUUCUAACAUUUUUAUCCUAUUACUAAUUGACUCUAUUGUUGAUUGA